AUGCUCAUGCUCGGCUUGGAGACGGACGGAAUCAAGUGUCACUGUUGGCGAAGUUCCGAGGUGCUUUUCGUCCUCUUCUACUGUUACGAGCUUUCCGUGCGGAUAUACCACAUGGGCCCCACGGCUCUUGCGCAAGCAGUAUCCUGGGAGGCUUCGUUCGUCGUCAUCACAGAUUGCGGAUUGGUGCUUCUCAGCCUUGGCAACCUUAUCUACAUUUUGUGUGUUCCGGAUUCGAUGCCUGCGUGGAUGUUGUACACCCGCUUGGUCAGAGGUCUACGGGUGUUCUUCCUCUUCGACUCGCUUCACCGCUUUGCCACAGCCCUCUCGGAGAUGCUCUCCACCCUGCUGUGGAUUUUCGGCGUGCUGACGUUCACCGUCUACUUGGUGGCGGUGUUUCUUACGCACUACGCCAAGAACCGUCUGUUUCUUGCAGGAAACAACGAAGAAUACUUCGAGAGUAUCCUGAAAUCCAUGUUCACCCUUUUCCAGGUCACGACGAUGGACUCGUGGCCGGAUAUUGCUGCUCCGCUCGUUGAGCACAGUGACUGGUGGCGAGUGUUUUUUGUGAUCUUCAUCGCCUUCUCUGCAUGGACUAUGAUCUCCUUGGUGACUGCCGUGGUGUCAGACAAUGUCAUUCAGGCCACGCAAGACCGCAAGGAGAAGCAGAAGGAGGCGCAGGAAAGGAGAAGAAAGGAGUUCGUGGAGUUCCUGAAGGUGUGCUUUGUCAAUGCCGACACAGACGGAAACCAGGUUCUUGACCAUGAGGAGUUUGCGACCCUGAUCAAGGAUCAGCAGGUUGUCGCAAAAAUGGAGGAUCUGGGUGUGACUCUCCCACUGCAGGAAUUAGAGAAGGCGUUUUCGAUGCUGGACGUGGACGAAGACGGCGAGCUGUCGAUCGACGAGUUCACCUCGGGCUUGUCCCAGCUGCAGGAGACGCUGAACACAAAGCAUGUUGUCUCUCUUGACUACGGCCUGCAGCGCGUCUCAACUCAAGUGACAAAGAGGCUUGAGCACUUGGAGAACCACGUGACGGAGCGGAGUGAUGCCAUCGCGCGGAGCGUGGACAAGCUUACAGCUGCCGUGGAAGAGCUGAGCAGCACACUGAAAGGUUGGCGACAGGAUGCUUCGACCACAACCAGGGACUCAAAGCGCUUGUUUGGUUGA